GUUGCUUUGGGGAUGCAAUCCCACUACUGUGAAUGUAACUUUUCAUUCUGUACCAGGCGGCCAAGAACUGUCUUCUACUGAGCUGAUAAUAAUCUUUUCUUUUUAUCUUUUCUUAUUCCCCGGGGGACUCCUGCCUUGGUUCAUACUUCCGCCUGGUUUGAUCUUGAUAGCCAACUGGUUCCUACAUGACACGUCGCCCUGGUCCACGGCCCUUCCCCGCCUUACAGCCUCUGCAGCCACAAGACUUUCACACCCCUGGGCCAAUGAACCCCUAAACCAUAUUUGCUCAUUCACGGUUCGGGCCUUGGCUGCCAGGAAGUUGUGUUAGCAACUCUGCAGGUCCAAGCGCUUCGAACCCACCGUCAUCUCACCAGCGACUACCACGGUGGGAGCACAAUGACCGGCGCACACCAACAACUUUCAGCCAGGGUGGCAUUUAUCGGCCCUGGGGAGGAGCCUUCCUGCCAAAUACUGGGUAUUGGGGAGACGGCCUCGUUGAAGAAAGCGAAAUCGUCAAAUCUUUGCCUUUUUUGGUCUAUGUAUGCGAGUAGCGCCAGCGGCUAGAAUGCCGGAUGCAUCAAGCGCAAACGAGUCUUAAAACUUUCUUGUGUUUGCAAAAAGGUUUAUCUUAAUCGACAGGGGUCCGCUGUGGCUUUUGUUUGGCA